GGCGGCCUCAUCGGGGCCAGCUUCAAGUCGACGGCCUCGGUGCAGGAGCUGGAGUGCGUGGCCGAGUACGAGCGGCUGAAGAAGGAGUACGAGAUCUUCCGCGUCAGCAAGAACAACGAGGUGGCCUCCAUGGUGAAGAAAGAGGCCAAACUGGACAGGGAGAACAAGCGGCUGCGCGCCGAGCUGCAGGCUCUUCAGAAAACCUACCAGAAAAUCCUGCGAGAGAAGGAAAGUGCAUUAGAAGCUAAAUACCAAGCCAUGGAGAGAGCUGCUACUUUUGAACAUGAUCGAGACAAGGUCAAAAGGCAAUUCAAGAUUUUUAGAGAAACUAAAGAAAACGAGAUUCAGGACUUACUGAGGGCCAAACGGGAGCUAGAAGCCAAGCUUCAGAGACUCCAGGCCCAAGGAAUCCAGGUGUUCGAUCCAGAAGAGUCUGAUUCUGAUGAUAACUGUACAGAUGUUACAGCUGCUGGGGCACAAUCUGAGUACUGGAAUGGAGGAGCUUUGGGAAGUGAGCCAUCCAUGGGUAGUAUGAUGCAACUUCAGCAGUCUUUCAGAGGACCUGAAUUUGCUCAUAGCUCCAUAGAUGUUGAGGGACCAUUUGCAAAUAUAAACAGGGAUGAUUGGGAUGCUGCUGUUGCCAGUUUAUUACAGGUUACUCCUCUGUUUUCCCACUCUCUCUGGAGUAACACAGUAAGAUGUUUUGUUAUUGGUACUGAUGAGACUCAACCAGAAGUGAACAUCUUCAUUAGAAACUACUCACCAAAACUUCAAAGAAUCUGUGAAACAAUGGGGUACUUCUUUCAAGUUGUCCAUUUUUCAGAAGAAUGUGAAAGGCCUCUUAAGGAUGUAAGAAAAUGGGAAAUUGAAAAAAGUUCAUUAAUCGUUUUGCUCCUGCAUUUAACAUUGCCAAGUUGUUUGUUGGAGGACUGUGAAGAAGCCUUCUUGAGAAAUCCAGAAGAGAAACCCCGGCUCAUUUACCACAGAAAGGAGGAUGGCAGAGUCAGUUCAGCUUCAGUGCAACAGUUCAUUGAGCAAAUCUCUCAUGUGAACAAAGCAAAGGUGAUUGAUCAUACUGGAGGUGUGGAGGAAGGAACACAUGAAAUCUAUAAUUGUGUGGAAAAGAUAAUUAAACAGGAUAUAUUGGGGUGUGAAAUGACAGAACUAGAAGGCAAGGAUUUAGUUAAUAAGGAAGAGUCCGCUGCUCCUGAAGAAGAAGUUUUUGGUGAUGUAUUGUGGGAUGCACAUGAUGAACAAGAACAGAUGGAAGCUUUUCAGCAGGCCUCUAAUUCAACAUGUGAGCUGGGAUUUGAGAAAUAUUUUGAACGUCUAAAUGACCUUGUAGCAGCACCAGCACCAAUUCCACCUCUGCUUGUAUCAGGAGGACCAGGAUCUGGGAAAUCUCUCCUUCUGUCAAAAUGGAUUCAAUUGCAACAGAAGCAUUCCCCAAACACUCUAAUUCUUUAUCACUUUGUUGGGAGGCCCAUGUCUACUAGUUCAGAAUCUGCAUUGAUAAUCAAACGCCUUACUUUAAAGCUUAUGCAGCACUCUUGGUUAGUGUCACCUCUGACUUUCGAUCCAGCUAAACUUCUGGAAGAGUUCCCUCGUUGGCUGGAAAAACUUUCUGCACGUCAUCAGGGCAGCAUUAUUAUAAUUAUUGAUUCUAUUGACCAGAUACAGCAAGCUGAGAAGCAUAUGAAGUGGCUCAUAGAUCCAUUGCCGGUGAACGUGAGAGUGAUUGUAUCAGUGAAUGUAGAAACAUGUCCACAGGCUUGGAGGUUGUGGCCCACUCUUCAUCUUGAUCCACUGAAUUCCAAAGAUGUUAAAUCUCUCAUUAGUGCAGAAUGUAACUCUGCAAAUGUUAAAUUGACUAAAGAGCAGGAGAAGAAGCUUGAGAGACAUUGUCGUUCUGCUGCAACUUGCAAUGCUUUGUAUGUCACUCUCUUGGGCAAAACCAUUGCCUGUGUUGGAAAUACGGGAAAUAUAGAUGAAACCCUUCAACAGUGUUUGCAGUGUCAAGACACCGUGUCACUGUACAGGCUUGUUCUGAGAUCAAUUCAAGAAUCAUUGCGGAGUGAUAGAGAGAAAGGUCUUUUGAGAGAGAUACUGUGUGUCAUUGGUGUUAGCCACAAUGGUGUGAGUGAGUCAGAGCUGACGGAACUUUAUCCUGAGCUGUCUUCUGCAGUGUUAGCCUCACUCGUUCACAGCCUGCACAGAAUGUGUUUGCUGACAUAUGGCUGUGGUUUGCUGAAGUUCCAGCACCUCCAGGCUUGGGAGAUGGUGAGACUAGAGUAUAUGGAAGAAGGUGAAAAUGUUCUUUAUGCCUACAGACAAAAACUAGUGGAGUAUUUCACCAUGCAGCUAAGUCGAGACCGAGUGACUUGGAGAAGUGCAGAUGAACUUCCCUGGCUCUUCCAACAGCAGGGUGAUAAGCAAAAGCUACACAAGUGUCUUUUGAAUCUCUUUGUGUCGCAAAACCUUUACAAAAGGGGACAUUUUGCAGAAUUGCUGAGUUACUGGCAGCUGGUUGGGAAAGAUAAGAGCUCUAUGGCAGCUGAGUAUUUUGACUCUCUGAAAGAAUAUGAGAAAAGCUGUGAGGGAGAGGAAAGUAUGAUCUGCCUGGCUGAUCUUUAUGAGACCCUGGGACGGUUUCUUAAGGACCUAGGUCUUCUCAGUCAGGCUGUAGCUCCUCUGCAGCGCUCUCUGGAGAUUCGCGAGACGGCGCUGGAUCCAGACCACCCGAGGGUGGCACAGUCACUGCACCAGCUCGCAGGAGUUUAUGUGCAGUGGAAGAAGUUUGGAAAUGCUGAACAGUUGUAUAAACAGGCACUGGAAAUCUCUGAAAACGCUUACGGAGCUGAGCAUCCUCGCGUAGCCCGUGAACUUGAUGCACUUGCAACCUUAUACCAAAAGCAGAACAAGUAUGAACAAGCUGAGCAACUGAGGAAAAAGUCAUUUAGAAUACGCCAAAAAGCAGCAAGGAGGAAAGGCAGCCUGUGUGGCUUUGCUCUCCUGCGCCAAAGAGCCCUGCAAUUGGAAGAGCUCACCUUAGGCAAGGAUACACCAGAUAAUGCUCGAACCCUCAAUGAGCUUGGAGUCCUCUACUACCUGCAGAAUAAUCUGGAGACAGCAGAGCUUUUCCUGAAGCGCUCCUUGGAAAUGAGAGAGAGAGUCCUGGGACCUGACCACCCUGACUGUGCGCAGUCCUUGAACAACCUGGCAGCCUUGUACAAUGAGAAGAAGCACUAUGACAAGGCAGAGGAACUCUAUGAGAAAGCUUUAGACAUCAGGAGGAGAGCACUGGCUCCAGAUCAUCCCUCCUUGGCUUAUACUGUGAAACACCUGGCAGUGCUGUACAAGAAGAUGGGAAAACUUGACAAGGCUGUCCCUCUGUACGAACUGGCAGUUGAAAUCCGACAGAAGUCAUUCGGCCCAAAACACCCCAGUGUGGCAACUGCUUUGGUCAAUCUGGCUGUCCUUUACUGUCAGAUGAAAAAGCAGAUUGAAGCUUUACCUCUCUAUGAACGGGCACUAAAGAUUUAUGAAGACAGCUUUGGGCACAUGCAUCCUCGUGUGGGGGAAACUCUGAAGAACUUGGCUGUGCUUAGCUAUGAAGGGGGAGACUUUGAGAAGGCAGCUGAACUGUACAAAAGAGCUAUGGAAAUAAAAGAAGCAGAGACUUUGUUGAUAGGUGGAAAAGCAACUUCUCGACACUCAUCAAGUGGAGAUACAUUCAGCUUAAAAAGUGCAUUAUCACCCAAUAUUUUCCUGGAACAUGGACAACGGUGAUACAAACCUGCUCCAAGGAAAGGCAGGCUCUGUUGCUAUUUUAAAGCAGACAUGCAAUUACUAAGAGUAUCUAUUUUUCCUGAAAUAAUGUACUAUUUUGGGACUGACCACUGUCUUCAUG